AUGGGAAUUUGUGGAAGCACUACGAAAUAACCAAUAGAUCAGAUUUGUAAAUUGAGUCAGCCAAUCAUAACUAGUGGUGAAUUGUAGAUAAAAGUGUUGUUGAAGAAUAUCAAGUUGAAGAUGCCAGAUAUCCGAUAAUGCUCUAUUGAAUUCGAUUUGGGUAGAUGUAAGUAUACAUCACCUGUGCAUGUGAAUAAUGAAGGAGAACAUUAUUGGCGAGCAAGUUUUGAUGGCUUACUUCUGAUGACUGAAUAAUAAAUGAGAGAAACUAAUAUUAAGAUUUCAGUACUAACAUCAUCAGUGAUUGGUUAAGCCUAAAUCAAUUUGUUUGAAACUGCUGUAGGUCCUUUCCAUUUUGAGUUACCAAUACGAGGCUAAAAUAGUGGGAAUGUGAGUUUCGAUUUGAAAAUGAAUCAAAUUGUUCAAGCAACUCUAUAGAGCAAAUACAUUAUAUGGGAAUUGAAUUAGAGCUUGAAUGAGGUUAGAUACAAUUACAAUCUGCGUUUGGUGACCUCCCAAUUGUCGUACAUCUCUGAGCAUUCAUCUACCUUUACUAAUCCGAACUAUAGAAAACAGAACGAGAAGAAGAGCACACAAUUUUAAACUAGUCGUAAGAGCAUCUUAGACCAAGAUUCUAUAAAGGAUAGUUUAACCUCCUUAUCAAGACUCCCUUCAUUAAAAAGUCCUCCAAAUCCAUCAUAUGAUUCUGUGGCUGCAACCCCUACUCAUAAAGCAAAUCAUCGAAUUGAAUGGGAUCAUAUCAACGACGAACUUACAAUGAUAGUAGAAUUGCCAAUCCAGGAAUUUCAAGGCUCAGCACUUCAAUUGUGUUUAUGGUCUAUUUCUUCUAAUAGAAGGAGUUUGGACAAUAUUAAGUCUCCACAAAAGACUAUUAUAAAGAAAACAAAAAAUCAGCAUGACUCUGAAUACAUGGAUUUGGAAAUCUAAGAUCAUCAUCUUGUAGCAGAAACCUAUAUCAAUUUGUCAAAUAUGGAAACAAGUGUAUCAGCCGAAUAGGGAGCCAAAUUGUUAAUGAUCAAGAGCUAUCAACCUAAAUCUCUUUGGUAUCAUGGUGUUGAAGUCGGUAAAAUUGAUUAUGAAAUCAGUGUCCGAAUCCCAAAUCAUCUCUAAUAGUCUUCAUUUGGGGUUUAAACAGAUAGGGGAAUUGUUUCUUCCAUUUCUGUUGUUGGAAAUGUAGAAAACAUCAGUGUUACUGAAAUUAAAAUGAUAUAAAUGGAAUUUUAAAAGUUAUCUAGCAGCAUCUUUAAGAUGGAACACAAAUCUCUCAAUAUUGAUGAAAAAUUAAAAGUUAGGUAAGAAAUGGAUCAAAAUCUAACUCGUUUAGCAUAAUUUCUUGGCCAAUCUCAUGGAAGUGCUAUCAAAACUUUCUAAUAUAAAUCAGAGGAUGAUUUAAUGAAAGCUUAAUAAUUACUCAUUUAAAUCUCUAUUCAUCUAGUCGAUUAUUCUAAAACAUUAUCCACUUUUGACUCUUAUUAUGAAUGUCUCAAUCAAGUCUUAAGUCGUGGCGAAUUAAUGCUUUAACAAUUGGGAUUUUUUAAGGCUCUUAAUAAAAAAUAAUCUAAUUAGAAAAUUGAAGUGUGUUUAAACUAUUAAACAUUCUUAAUCAAUACAUUACGUUACACUCUAUCUAAAUUAAGUUAAAAGGAUCCUUCAAAUGAAGCCAGAAAACUCUAUAUCAAAAUCUUAGUCAUCAGUUAUUUCAGAAUACCAGAAUUCAGAGUCAAAUUCUUAGAACUUAUUAAUAAACCGAAUGAUCCUCAAUUAAAUGAAUUAAGAGGCACCGAAUUUAUACAAGAAGAUGAUCCAACCAACAUAGAUAAAAGUACCAAGAAUAAUAUUUCAAUAUUUGAUUGGUAGAAUUAUUUUCAUACUUAUUUGAAUGAUAAAACUUAAGGAAUUCAAAAUUAAUCAGCUCUCAAUUAAAUCCUAGAUGAUGAAAGUUGGAAGGAAAACAUAAGGCAUAGGUCGAUUAAUUUUAGUUUCUUUGUUGAAGAAUGGGCUAUCUAUGUGAGAAAUAUUCUACAAGUGAAAAUACUGCCUUGGCAAGAUAUUCCAGGAUAUAGAAUUUUAGUUAAAGCCUUUAUGUGUGAAUUAAAAUAGUAAGAUUCAGUGCCUGAUGCUAUGAAAAUAGGCUUGAGGAGUUUGAUGCAAAACGUUAAUCUCUUAGGGAUUAUAGUUAGUCUACAAUUUAAUAAGACAAAUUUAUACAACACAGAAUAAGUGAUUGAAACCUUUGAAAUUUUGGAUAUAUGCUUCUCCACCUUGACUGCCAUGCCUCCUUACUUUGAUUACCCAUUCCUUCUGAAAGGAAUAAAAUAAAUCAUCAUAGAUUCAGAACAUGCCAUUUGCAUUGCCAAAUGUCUGUGGUUCAUCUAUAAUAUAUACCCAUUACUCUAAAGUAAACAUAUAUCUUAUCAGUCAGUGGAGUUUAAGAAGGAUCUGUGCGAAUUCAUCUUUGAGAAAGCUGUAUUCAAACUAUUUCUUCAUUGGAGCAAGACCGUAAGAAUGAUGUUUCACUACUUUCUACUAUACAGAGUGUCACAUCAACAUAAGAAUCCUAAAGUUGGAGGAUUAGAUGAGGAGUAAAUUAUAUAAUAAUACACUCUGAUCAAUAGACCAAAAAAGAAUCAAAGCUACUUUGAAAAUCGACAGCCUCAAUAAUAGUUAAUUUCUGAUUACAUCUACAUGAAGUACAUGAGAUUCUUAAGCAAAGUUGAAUAGGCCAAAAUAAAUGAAGGAGAGCGAGAAUAUUAAUAGGAUUAUAAGAGUUAUUAUUAGCGAUUGGUGACUAAGAAGUUGAAGAUGGAGCAGGAAUAGAAAUUACGAUAAGUCGCAGAACCUAAGAGGGAAAGUUUAAAAUUAGAACGACUAUAAUCUGAAUAGGAAGAAUAAACAUAAAAUUAGUUGAAACCAGUUAUAGUUCCCAGAACAGUAAUGCAUAAAAAAUUAAGUUUUAAACACGAUAUUGAAAUAACAGACAAAUAAUAAUAAUAUGUUUUAAUAUCUAUUAGAGAAUUUGAAGAAUAACUGAAAAAUUAUAAUAAUUGGAGAUAAUCUAAUAUCAAAAAGGUCAUGGGCAAGUACAAUGAGGAAGAUAAACACACAAUUCAUCUAACAUUCGAGGUUCCAAAAAUGGAUAUUCUUAAAAGGAUUGACGAAAAGGAAGGAGCAUGAAUUUAUCUAAGAAUUAUCAAUUAUGUCAAUAUAUAUACUUUU